CAAACCAGAAAAGUAUAGAGAGAGAAAGAUAGUACGAACAAAGAACAAUUCUUCUUCUUCUUCUUCUUCAUGAGUAUCCCUUUUUCCUUCUAAUUUCCUCGUCUAUUUUUUGUGUUUAUCUUUAUGUGGGGAUGGUUUUUUGAUUCUCAUCAUAAUGGUGAUGAUAGAGGUGUUGGUCCUGGUUGGUGAGAGAGAAUAAAUGCUAUGAGAGAGAGAGAGAGAGAGACAGGUCCUACAAGAGAGAGAGAGAGAGAGAGAGAGAGAGAGAGAGAUUCAUUGUUUUAAUUUCAUAUCAUUAGAGUCGAUCGAGUGAGUGGUGGGAUGUACUGGCUAGUAGAAGGAGAAGUAUUUUGUCUGUAAAAAAAGGAAAUAAAUGGAAGAAGAGAAAGAAGAAAGAAAAUGGACAUGCACGUGGUUGAGUGAGUUUCUUACUUGCUUAGUGGUCGUGGCAAAAUGUUGAGCUGUGUUUUUUUCCUUUCUUUCUCUAAAAGCGGUUUAUAUUAAAUUUGCUUCUCACGGUCUCUGACCCUGUUACCUUCUCUUUGUAGCCAACCCAACCCAAAAGGCCACCAUUUUUAUUUAUUUUUUCUUCCUUUCACUAUUUCUCAUUAGCAAUUAAAGCCCAUACCUUCCUCUCUAUCCACCAUUUUUCUUCUUUCUGCAUCUAAAGAUCAAAUUAUUUGGUAUUGUACCCUUGUUUGACAGAUACCCAGUUGCUAAAACAAGCAGAUAUGAAAUGGGUACUUGAGUUUUUUUAUUCUUGAUGCACAGAAUGUGCUUAAUAUUUUAGAGUUUUUUUUUUUUUUUUUGAGUGAGACCCAUUUGGUGAAAAAUGUUGUUAUGUGGUUUCGAUCGAGUUGUUUUGCUCGUUAUAGUCGAAAAUCCAAGAUUCGGAAACGAUGACAAUGGCAAUAGUUUGAGAGUAGAGGAAGAGGUCGGAUCUACCCUUCAUCGCAUUCAACUGCCAUAAUGCCUUACGGAUAGGUUGGUACCUUGUUCAUUUUUUGCUGCAAAAACUGUAUUUUCGAGCAUGAGAAAAGUCCACCAUUUUCGUUUUUCUCAUGCUCUUGUUCUGUGCUUUCUUUGGUUUUUUAUUCGAAUCCAAUCGGUUUUUGCUGCAACUGAGAAAGAGAUUCUACUUCAAUUCAAAGGGAAUGUCACAAAUGAUCCUUACAAUUUCUUGAGCACUUGGGUUCUUAGUGGCAGUCCUUGCCAAGAUUUCAGUGGUGUGUUCUGUAACCCUGAGGGGUUUGUUGACAAGAUCGUUCUUUGGAACACUAGCUUGGAUGGAAUCCUGCCUUCAGCUUUGUCAGGGCUAAAAUAUUUGAGGGUUCUGACAUUGUUUGGAAAUCUGUUCAAGGGAAAUAUCCCAGAGGAAUAUGGUGAUAUUCAAACUUUGUGGAAAAUUAACUUGAGCUCCAAUGCUCUAUCUGGAUCGAUCCCUGAGUUUAUUGGCGAUUUACCAAACAUUAGACUUCUAGAUUUGUCAAGGAACGGUUUCACUGGAAAAAUUCCAUCAGCCUUGUUCAAGAACUGUUAUAAGACCAAGUUCAUUUCUUUGUCUCAUAACACACUUUCUGGUUCGGUUCCUGAAUCAUUGGCCAAAUGCUCCAACCUUGAGGGCUUUGAUUUCUCUUUUAACAAUCUAAGUGGUGACAUUCCUUUACGGCUGUGUGAUAUUCCAAGGCUGGAUUAUGUGUCAGUAAGAAGCAAUGCUUUAUCAGGAAGUGUUGAAAAGUUUCUGUCGGCGUGCCAGAGCUUGAAAGUGUUGGAUCUUGGUAGCAACUUGUUCACUGGCUCGGCUCCUUUUGGGGUUCUUGGAUUGGUAAAUCUUACUCGUUUCAAUGUAUCACAUAAUGGGUUUACUGGGAAGAUUCCUGAUAUGACAACUUGUAGUGACAUAUUGGAGAUUUUUGAUGCUUCAGGCAAUGGUUUAGAUGGGGAGGUUCCUUUGAGCAUAACAAAUUGUAGAAAUCUCAAGGUUCUAAACUUGGGGUUUAACAAGCUGAGUGGGACUAUACCAACUGAGCUUUCUGAGAUCGAGAGGCUUGUGGUGAUUCAGUUGGGCAAUAACUCAAUAAGUGGGACGAUUCCUAAGGAGUUAGCUAGCAUUCAGCUGCUUCAGGUUUUGGAUCUGCACAAUCUCAACCUCAUUGGUGAAAUACCUACUGAGAUAAGCAACUGCUUUUUUCUUCGUGAGCUGGAUGUUUCAGGCAAUGCCUUAGGGGGAGAACUUCCAACCACUCUUUACAACAUGACUAACCUGGAAAUCCUUGACCUACAUCAAAACCAGCUCAAUGGAACCAUUCCACCAACCCUGGGAAACCUGCCAAGAUUAGAUUUUCUAGAUCUGUCACAAAAUUCGCUUUCUGGGCCAAUCCCUUCUUCUCUUGGAAAUCUAACUACUUUAACCAAUCUUAACAUCUCUUAUAAUAACCUCUCAGGCACCAUUCCUGCCACCAUUCAGCAUUAUGGUGCCUCAGCAUUUUCCAAUAAUCCCUUUCUCUGUGGUGCACCUUUGGACAAGUCUUGCUCGGCUAAUGGCAAUGGCACAAGCACUUCCAAGCAAAAGAAAAACAAAGUUUUAAGUGUUUCUGCGAUUGUUGCUAUUGUUGCUGCUGCAGUCAUACUUUCUGGGGUUUGUCUAGUAUGUAUUAUGAACAUCAUGGCCCAGAGGAGGAAGAAAGACGAAGAUGAGGCAAUGGUUGUUGAGAGCACCCCACUUGCUUCAACUGACUCAAAUGUUAUUAUUGGAAAGCUUGUUCUUUUCAGUAAGAGUUUGCCCUCAAAGUAUGAAGACUGGGAAUCUGGCACAAAGGCUUUACUUGACAAGGAGUGUAUGAUAGGUGGUGGAUCGAUUGGGACAGUCUACAAAACUACUUUUGAGGGUGGAGUAUCGAUUGCUGUGAAAAAGCUUGAGGCUUUGGGAAGGAUCAGAAACCAAGAUGAAUUUGAGCAGGAAAUUGGACGACUAGGCAACCUUGUCCAUCCCAAUUUGGUAGCCUUUCAAGGAUACUACUGGUCCUCCACAAUGCAGCUGAUUCUAUCUGAGUUCGUCUCAAAUGGGAACUUGUACGACAAUCUACAUGGUCUCCACUAUCCAGGAACCAGCAAUGGCGGUGGCAAUCGGGAACUGGAUUGGUCCAGGAGGUUUAAGAUUGCCCUUGGAACAGCUAGAGGCCUUGCCUACCUUCACCAUGAUUGUAGACCUUCCAUUCUCCAUCUCAACAUUAAGUCUACAAACAUUCUCUUAGACGAAAACUACAAUGGGAAGUUGUCUGAUUAUGGUUUGGGAAAGUUGCUUCCUAUCUUGGACAAUUAUAGCCUAACCAGAUUCCACACUUCUGUAGGAUAUGUAGCUCCAGAGUUGGCUCAGAGUUUAAGAUUAAGCGAAAAAUGUGAUGUUUAUAGCUUCGGAGUCAUUCUUUUGGAGCUUGUAACAGGUAGAAAACCAGUUGAGAGUCCAAGGGCUAAUGAGGUUGUGGUUCUAUGUGAAUAUGUUAGGGUAUUGUUGGGAAGUGGCUCUGCUUCAGAUUGCUUUGAUAGAAGCUUGAGGGGUAUUGUAGAGAAUGAGCUUAUUCAGGUUAUGAAGUUGGGGCUUAUCUGUACCUCUGAAGUUCCUUCAAGAAGGCCAAGCAUGGCUGAAGUUGUUCAGGUUCUUGAGUCCAUUAGAAAUGGUUCAGAAUCAUAGUGACCAAAAUUAAAUAGAUGGGUAACUUUUCUUAUCUCGGUAUUAAAUCAGUGAAUCAUUUAUGGAGCAAAAGUGGGCAACUCCUAGAUAGGAAACAAAUAGAAAAUUCUUUUGUAUUCAAUUGAGAUUACCAAAAGUCAUUUGUUUUUUUUUCCCUUCAAUAUUUGUGAUUCUUAGUCUUACAAUAAAAAUCAUUUGUUUAUUAAACAAAAAUCAAGAGUUCACUGCAAUGAAAUCAAGAGUUCCAUUAACUUUA